AUGGGCCCGCCGCCCCCCGCCCUGCUCCUGCCGCUGCUCGCCGCGCUGCUCCGCGCCCCGGCACACGGCUUCAACGGGCUGGCAAGGAAGGCAGGGGAGAGCUCUGAGGCCGAAGGGGAGCCAACAGCCCUGCCCACGCCGGCAGAGCGGGAGGCAGAGGCUCGUUUUGUGAGCACGGCGCCCACGUUGAAGCUCCUCAACCACCACCCACUGCUGGAGGACCUGCUGCAUGAAGCCUUCCUGAAGAAGGACUACCUGGGCCAGGCGCCCUUCCUGCCCGGUGUCCCUGGCCCUGUCCUGCCCGCUGAUGUUCUCCAGCCAGCCCUUGGCCCUCCAGCCCCUGAACCCCCACCACGCACCCCCCUGCCCAGGGCUGCCUUCCCCACUGACCCUCUGACGACACCAGCUGGGCACCCGGGGCCAUGGGGGGAGGCAUGGGGGGCUGUGCCAGGUGCUGAUCCCUCUUGGUCCCCCUCCAGGUUGCCAGAGUCGAGCCCCACAUCCCCCAGCCCAGCUCCCACCACCCCUGGCACUUCCCCAGGACUUCAUACUGUGGCCACGGAAGUCACCAGGGAUGAGGAGGGGACCACCACCACAUCCACCAUCACCACCACCACUGUCACCACGCUGCAGGGACCAGGCGAGCGCUGGGGAGGGGGCCAAGGGGAACAGGGGAAAAGCGGGGCUGAGCUGGGGUCUCCUCUGUCACCAGUCCCCUGCAACCAGACACUGGGAGGCCCAGAGGGCUGGCUGGUGUCCCCAGAGCCAGCUGGUGUCCCCUAUGAUGGCAGCCUGGACUGCACCUACACUGUCUCUGUCUACCCUGGCUACGGCGUGGAGCUCAAGGUGCAGAACAUCAGCCUGGCAGAGGGUGAGACGCUGACGGUGGAGAGCACAGGGGGGCUGGAGCCCACCCUCCUGGCCAACGAGUCCUUCCUGCAGCGCGGCCAGGUCAUCCGCAGCCCUGCCAACCUCCUCACCCUCCGCUUCCAGAGCCCCAGGCCCCCCAACCCCGGCUCCUACCGCUUCCACUACCAAGCCUACCUGCUGAGCUGCCCCUUCCCGGCACGGCCGGCUUUUGGGGAGGUGUCAGUGAGCAGCCUGCACCCCGGGGGGGACGCCCGCUUCCGCUGCGCCGCUGGGUACCAGCUGCAGGGCGCCCGCCGGCUCAGCUGCCGCAACGCCACCCGCCCCUUCUGGAGCGCCCGCGAGCCCCUCUGCCUCGCGGCCUGUGGCGGGGUGGUCCGGAACGCCACAGUGGGACGUGUCAUCUCGCCCGGCUUCCCCGGGAACUACAGCAACAACCUGACGUGUCACUGGCUGCUGGAAGCACCCGCCGGCCAUCGCCUGCACCUCCACUUUGAGAAGGUCUCGCUGGCCGAGGAUGAUGACAGGCUCAUCAUCCGCAACGGCAACAACAUGGAGGCACCACCAGUGUAUGACUCCUACGAGGUGGAGUACCUGCCCAUUGAGGGGCUGCUCAGCACUGGGCAGCACUUCUUCGUGGAGCUCACCACCGACAGCAGCGGGGCCGCCGCGGGCAUGGCACUGCGUUAUGAGGCCUUUGAGCAGGGACAUUGCUACGAGCCCUUCAUCAAGUAUGGGAACUUCACGGCCAGUGACCCUCGGUACCCUGUGGGCACCACGGUGGAGUUCAGCUGUGACCCUGGCUAUACGCUAGAGCAGGGCUCCACCAUCAUUGAGUGCGUUGACCCCAGUGACCCGCAGUGGAACGAGACAGAGCCAGCGUGUCGUGCGGUGUGCAGUGGGGAGCUGACAGACACAGCAGGUGUGGUGCUGUCACCCAACUGGCCGGAGCCCUAUGGCAAGGGCCAGGACUGCAUCUGGGGGCUGCACGUGGAGGAGGACAAGCGUGUCUUGCUGGACGUCCGCGUGCUGCGGCUGGGUACGGGGGACGUGCUGACCUUCUACGAUGGGGACGACCUGACGGCGCGUGUCCUGGGCCAGUACACGGGCACCCGUGGUCGAUUCAAGCUCUACGCCUCCACCGCCGAUGUCACCGUCCAGUUCCAGUCAGACCCCGGCUCCGGCGCUGGCGCCUAUCGGCAGGGCUUCGUCAUCCACUUCUCCGAGGUCCCCCGUAAUGACACCUGCCCUGAGCUGCCGGACAUCGCCAAUGGUUGGAAGACGUCCUCACAGCCAGAGCUGCUCCACGGCACCGUGGUCACCUACCAUUGCUACCCUGGCUUCCAGUUGGCUGGCACCGACCUCCUGAUGUGCCACUGGGACCUGACAUGGAGCGGUGACCUGCCCACCUGUGAGCGGGUGACCACAUGCCGGGACCCUGGGGAUGCUGACCACAGCCGCAGGGUGGUCUCCAGCCCUAAAUUCCCAGUGGGAGCCACUGUACAGUAUGUCUGUGACAAAGGCUACGUCCUGGCGGGUGCCGGGACCCUCACCUGCCACGACCGCGCCAUGGGGGGACCCAAGUGGAGCGACCGUCUCCCCAAGUGCAUCCCAGAGACAUUCGAGCCCUGCCACAACCCUGGAGCACCGGAGGGCGGGCAGCAGAGCCCCGAGCGCAGGCUGUACCCGGCAGGAGCCAUCUUGCGCUUCUCCUGCGCCCAGGGCCGGGCGCUGCUGGGCGAGAGCAGCCUGCGCUGCCUGCCCGGGCACCCCUCGCGCUGGAGUGGCUCGCCUCCCAUCUGCAAGGCAGCCUCCUAUGAUGAGUUUUACAGCAACCGCAACCUGGACGCAGCCGUGGCCAAGGCUGUGCCCUCGGGGCCGGCACUGGAAGGCACCAACGUUGCCAUCGCCGUCUUCCUGCCCGUGCUGGUGGUGGCCCUGCUCAUCGGUGGCGUUUAUCUCUACUUCUCCAAGAUCCAGGGGAAGCCAGCCCUGCAGCUGCCCCUCGCCGGCUCCCACCCCUACGACCACAUCACCGUGGAGUCGGCUUUUGACAACCCCACCUAUGAGACAGGAGGACCAUGCACAGGAUGGGACAUAGAGUCACAGUAUCAUUAAGGUUGGAAGAGACCUUCAAGAUCAUCGAGUCCAAGCGUAAUCCCACUACCACAACCACUAAAUUUAGUUCCCUCAGCCUCUCCUCCUACGAUGUGUCCUCCAAACCCCUCACCAGCCUCGUUGCUCUUCUCUGGACACGCUCCAGGACCUCAAUGUCUUUCUUACACUGUGGCACCCAGAAGUGAACAUAGAACUCAAGCUGUGGCCUCACCAGGGUGGAGUACAGGGGCACAAUCACUUCCCUACUCCUGCUGGACACACUGUUUUUGAUACAGGCCAGGAUGCCACUGGCCUUCUUGGCCACCUGGGCACACUGCUGGCUCAUGUUCAGCCAGCUGCCCACCAGUGCUCCCAGAUCCUUUUCCGCCGGGCUGCUUUCCAUUAAAAGAUAGAACAGAUACCACACUCGAUCUUAACCAAAAGGCUGAGAAGCAGGCCACCUAGGGACCACACUCAGGAUCAGACAUCCAUCCAGGGACCAUGCACGGGAUGGAACACCCAUCCCCAGGGCUGCCUGUGCUCUGGGAUAUCCCCCAGGUCCUCACGGGAUGGGAGCUGCCCCGUCCCUGUCCCGGGCACCCCAUGGCACCGCUGAGUGUCCAACCCC